AGUUGGUACUACCAAAGCGUGCUUGUUUCAAAUAAUUUGACACGUUCAGCUGCCGACAGUGUACUCGGUAGGUGCGCCCUAAACAAAGCUGAGUUUGCGAAGCGAGAACACUGGAAAGCGCAUCUUCCAAGUCGGAGAAAAGGUGAACGCGAAGGGACCUCUCGUCAAAUCUGAACUAUGGAGCGCUCAAAACAGAGUCACGACAACCAAGCUGACAGUAGACCGACUACAAACGAAAGUUCUCUUAACGGACACUUUGACAGCUUGGUAAAAAAAGACACCCGGAAUGUGGGAUGUCAAGGGACGGGGACCGCCGGUGAGUCGAGUUCGCACACAGGGUCGUCAGUCGUGGAAAACUGGAAGCAUGAGCGCACCCGAAGUAUAGAAGACAACGAGAUGAGCUUGCCUAGUCUGGCAGCUGCCUACACCACUAUUAUCCGGGGACUCGGGGAAGACCCGCAAAGACAAGGACUUCUCAAAACUCCGUGGAGAGCCGCAACUGCGAUGCAGUUCUUCACCAAGGGAUACCAGGAGAAAAUAAUAGAUGUGCUGAACGAUGCCAUCUUCGACGAGGACCACGAUGAGAUGGUUAUCGUGAAGGACAUCGACAUGUUCUCCAUGUGCGAGCACCACCUGGUGCCCAUCUUUGGCAGGGUCCACAUAGGCUAUCUCCCCAAUAAAAGGGUGCUGGGCCUCAGCAAGCUGGCCAGGAUUGUUGAAAUCUACAGCCGUCGACUGCAAGUUCAAGAGCGGUUGACCAAACAAAUCGCAGUGGCGAUCACUGAAGCUCUGCAGCCUGCCGGGGUGGGCGUCGUCAUCGAGGCAACUCACAUGUGCAUGGUGAUGAGGGGGGUGCAGAAGAUGAACAGCAAGACUGUGACCAGCACCAUGCUGGGGGUGUUCCGGGAGGACCCCAAGACACGGGACGAGUUCCUCACCCUAAUCAGGAACUGAGAGGGACGGCUGGCCCACGAACCUGCUGCCCAGCCCAGCGCAGCGCAGACCUCUCUCCCUGUUGUCUGCCUGGAGCUAGAGCAGUCCACACAGCAGUUUUGGUACGAAGCCUAGAGUCCGGGCUUGCAGAGAGUGUGUGUGUGUGUGUCUAUCCCUCCACUCCCUUCCAAAUAAUCACACACAUCACAUGGUCACAUGACAUAGCUGUCUUGUGUGUGUUUCAAAUCAAAAUCAAAUGUAUUUAUAUAGCCCCUCUUACAUCAGCUGAUAUAUCAAAGUGCUGUACAGAAACCCAGCUUAAAACCCCAAACAGCAAGCAAUGCAGGUGUAGAAGCACGGUGGCUAGGAAAAACUCCCUAGAAAGGCCAGAACCUAGGACAUGACAGUCUUGCCAGUCUUGACAACCUAGGACAUGACAGUCUUACUAAAUGGUGUCUGUCAGGUGGCUGGCUUAACCUAAAAAGGAAUAGUUUGGAUCAAUGAUUAGUGUUUCUUAUGGUUGCUUAAUUUAAAGGACUUUGAUCCUGUAAAAAAAGAAAAUAAGUAACUUUUCAUUAGAUCGAACCUCCAAGUACGACAAAGAUACUUACACCUACGUAGAAACAUCCUAACAUUAAAAUCAAUGUUUUUUUUUAGAAGCAUUGUUAUAUUCUUUACUUCUUUCCUGAUAUAUUUUUGCAAGAUAUCUUUAUCCAAAGUAAGCUAGGCCCAGUAGGACCAUAUGUCAGUUUUAACUUUUUAUUUUAUUGACCCUUUAUUUAACUAGGCAAGUCAGUUAAGAACAAAUUCUUAUUUACAAUGACGGCCUAUCAAAAGGCAAAAGACCUCCUGCGGGGACAGGGGCUUGGAUAAAAAUAAAUAUAUUUUAAAUAUAUAAACACAAGACAAAACACACAUCACGACAAGAGAGAUGACACAACACUACAUAAAGAGAGACCUAAGACAAUUUACUAAUGGUAUGCAUUUAAACUUGCCUUGAGCCAAACCUCUUCAAAAGUAAAAGUGCCCUUUUCACAUGGCAUCAUAUUCCCACUCAAGCCAAAUGCAUCAAACCCAUUCGUCAAACAAUCAACACUUUGGUCAACCUGUCAGCCGGUUACAAGGCUCAGUCCUGGUCUACUGUAAUUAUCUUUAACUAGUAAAGGAAGGAGAGCAAAAUGCUCGCUUUUAAAUUUGGUAGCCACUGCUUUAAAUACAAUAUACUGCACCCUGCAACUUGGGGGAACUAACAAUGAUGGCUUUCUGAAGGUUACUGAAUAAUAUCCUACACAGGAUCGGUCCCCCCCGCGGGACGGUUGAGCUAACGUAGGCUAAUGUGAUUCGCAUGAGGUUGUAAGUAACAAGUAACAAUUUCCAGGAUAUAGACAUAUCUGAUAUGGGCAGAAAGCUUAAAUUCUUGUUAAUCUAACUGCACUGUCCAAUUUACGGUAGCUAUUACAGUGAAAGAAUACCAUGCUAUUGUUUGAGGAGAGUGCACAGUUAGGAACUUGAAAAUGUAUUAAUAAACCAAUUAGGCACAUUUGGGCAGACUUGAUACAACAUUUUGAACAGAAAUGCAAUGGUUCAUUGAAUCAGUUUAAAACUUUGCACAUACACUGCUGCCAUGUAUUGGCCGAAAUCUAAAUUGUGCCUAGAUUCCAUAUAUUGGCCUUUUUCUUGCAUUUCAAAGAUGAUGGACCAAAAAAACGCAUGUUUUUUUCUUUGUAUUAUCUUUUACCAGAUCUAAUGUGUUAUAUUCUCAUACAUUAAUUUCACAUUUCCACAAACUUCAAAGUGUUUCCUUUCAAAUGGUAUCAAGACUAUGCAUAUUCUUGCUUCAGGUCCUGAGCUACAGGUAGUUAGAUUUGGGUAUGUCAUUUUAGGCGAAAAUUGGGGAAAAAAGGGUCUAAUCCAUAAUUAACUGUGGUGUUCAAAUUAUGUGAGGUAAUGUCGCUGUUAGUUUUGCAUUUGUUCUAUAACCAAAGGACCAAGGUUUCCAAGGGUGCAGUUAAAGUGACUGGACGAUAACUGGCUAGUGCAACGAAGGAUGAUCAGAUGGGACUAAAAAGUGUUCACUUUAGGUCACCCUGUCUUAAUAUGGACACCCUACAUUAUUCGCUAAUAGUCUCACUCACUAUUGUAGUUAUUUGUUGAAAAUGUCACGAUAGUACAGAUUCACAGACGUGUGACUGAUAUAGUCUGCUUUCUCUGUAUCCUCCAAGUGGGCAUUUCGCCAUUCAGAGGAUUUCUAUUGGGCACCCCUUUGUAUCUCUCUGUAAGUCGUGUAGGCCUAUGUGCGUGGGUAUUUGUUUGUGUGCGUUGAAGGCCAGCCCAGUAUAUAUUCUGCUGUCCUUCUGCCUUACUGAUUUUUCGCUUGAUGCGUAGAGUUCACUUCCGCGGAUGACUUUGAAGAGACUAGACGCAAAGGAAUCUGCUCACGUUUUACUCUCUUACCCUUCUAACGUCAAUUAUGUUUUACACUUCUAAAUAUCUACGUAUGUCAGUGUAUAAAUGUUUCAGAAUUGUAGUGUACCUUUUCAAAUGUAAAAAAUAUGCCGCCGUUUACAGAGUACAGCACAUCCCUCUUUGCUACGUCACAUAUAUUGUAUGUAUGCAAUUUCAUGUAUUAACUCAGCAAAUUAGGGAUAUUAAAAUAUAGUAACCUAUAUGAAAAUGAUGUACAGUGUUAGGAUAAAUAGGUAUAGUAGCAAGGAACAUAUAUUCUGAUGAGCGGUAUAUUUUUUAAUUGAUUGGAAAUAUAUAAUACUCAUAUUGAAAUGGGGAGGUUUUAACUAAUAUGAUUUGGUCAUUGGGGUUCAGUGUGUGUGUGUGUGUGUGUGUGUCGGGGGUUGGAGUAUAUGAGCGCUAGGCAGUCAGACAGCUCCUGCAUCGUCUCUGUGGCCUUCUUUAGAAGGAUUUGUUCUUUGGGUUCCUUCACUACUGUCGUUUACAUUACACUUCUUACUGUGUUCAUUUGAAAGAGUUUUCAACAAAGGAAAAUAAAUCUGUAUGUGUGAACUAGGAA